UGAUUGCGAUCCGGUCGGAAGCAAUCACAUUCACAUCCUAGCUACCUAUGCCUAACUAGCUAGCUAGGUCAACAUCAGAGGAUGGCUGGAGCUGCUGGGAGUCGGAGGAAGAGCAGCGGCGGUCCAAAGAAGAAGAAGAAGAAGCAGCAGCCAGAGCCAUGGCCGGAAGAGAUAUCGCUCAACCAAUACGCUCUAGUGCGGACAUACCUUCUCAAGAGCAUUACCGGCAUAGGCUACCUGGCGUUUACGUGGUCGACGGUAGUCCUCCUGGGUGGCUUCGUCACCGCGCUGGGGAAGAAGGAUUUUUGGUCCCUCACAUUUAUUAGCAUGAUGCAGGCAGCCGGGAUCUUCCAUGACUGGGGAGAUGGGGUGAUGUGCUAUAGCUUUUCUAAGUGGCCUCGUAUUAUCGGGGAAAUUCUCGAUUAUCUCGCAAAGACUAUUGUCACUAUUCUACUUAAAACAAAACACAAAUGGAUAUACCUUUUGCUUGCUGCUGUUGCUUGUUGCUUGUUUUUCCCAAUUGGAUAUUUGUCGUACCUUGUUGUGGGCCUAGUUGCGUGGGUGAUCUACAAGUUUGGGGCUGUCAUCUGUGCCGGGAUCUCCUUGUGGCGCGUAAUACAACAUGAUUAUGGCAACAUGGAUGACGGGGACAACAGCAAAGCAAACCUGAUGCCAGCAUUGGACUUUUUCUAUUCUCUAAUUCUCUGCCAAGGUGCACUCUACUUUUUAUGGGCCACAUCUGACAAGGUGUUCCCAAAGAUGUGGGGUGAACCAUCAGUUAAACAGUACCUGGUUGACCUCCAGUCAAAAUGCUGGCAGGACCCUAAAUCCAUCAAGGAUAGGAGAUUGGUCAAUUAUGCGGUUGAUUUGCUGGACUCUGAAUCAUCACAAGACUACCUCUCUGGAGCAAGGAUGCUGGAUGUGCUCAUCAAGCGUGGAGUGGAUGUAAGGCCGCUUAUACUCCCCUCCAGCCAAAAGGUUGAGAAGCUGAUCGAUACACUGAGGAGGAGUAGCAGAGACAGAAAGAUUAAGGAGCUCGCCGCCAGGAUAUUGGCGCAUCUUGCCUGUGAUAGGGAUCUAACCCAGUUCCCUGGGCUAAUACCGUGCAUAUCCUCCCUACUGGGUAUCACCACCCAACUGCCAUAUUUGAACAACCAACAAGGAUCCAUUAACCAGUCACCACGUCAAACUAUAUGGGAUCAGUUGUGCCCAGAAAUUAAAAAAAGUAAAUUGGGUCCGCUAUUGAUAAAAAUUAUUAAAAAAAUAAAAUUGAAUCAGCAAGGUGCAGGGAACAACCAACAUCAGUCACCUCAAUGUAGAUUGGAUCAGCAAGGUGCAGCGGAAAGCGAAGGAGAAGGAGAUGGUUGGAAUGAGUUGAUUCUGCAAGGUCUGACAAUUCUGGAGAGGCUGGCGUCUGACCAAGACAACUGCAGGGACAUAUGCAGCAACCCCGAUCUAAUCGCCAAGAUCAUGUCACCUAUCUACUCUCACACACUAAUCCAAGAUAUCAACAUAAUGCCGGCAUGGCAAGAUGUAGUAAAUGGAGCCUUCAGAGUGGUACACCAGCUCAUCCGUGCUCCCGAGUGGACUGGUGGACGAAGGCUAGCCCAUGAAAUCUCCUGUAGCAAGCAGGCUGUGAGCAACCUGGAGAUGAUUCUUGAUCAGGGCAACUCGGCUAUCCAACAACAGAAGAUGCAAGCUAUGAAGAUCCUCACUGAUUUGGCUUUGGAUUCGUCCUCUAACCUCGCGAUGGAAACAAAAGAAAAUCUGAUCAACAAGCAGCUGCAGAUCUUCCUUACUGAAGGGACAGAGGAAGACCUUAAGGUUACGGCUGGGAAAACACUGGCAUUACUAUCCAAGGCAGGAGCUAUCUCUGUGUGUACAAUGAGUGAAUACAAUCCCAUUGUUGAGCAAGUGACUGAAAUCCUUGAUGCUAAGAACAAGAUCAUAUACAGAAUAAUAGCUGCUGAGAUCUUGGAGAAUUUGUGUACUCUACAUAUGAUGGACAAGAAUCAUGUGAAGAACACCUUGCUGUCAAAGGUGCUGGCAGAAGUUUUAACCAGUAAAAAGAAGCCACCAUCAAAAGCAUCGGAAAGGCAGGUAUCUCAAACAUUAGGAGAUAUUGUAGAAAAUCUACUUCAAGACGACGAAGAAAAUCAACGUCUGGAACAUAACGGCCAACUCAAUCCAUCCGAGCAAACUGAGACGCAAACAGCUAUGAUGGAAUUGAAGGAAGCAUUGUUAUCCCUUACUUCGGUGAUAUUUGACAGGCUGAUAAUUAGUGCCGUGGAUUUUGAUGAGGUGGCUCAAAAGGUUGCCCCAGGAGAAGGUGAAUUUGUGGCGAAGCUCAAGACUAUAGUAGAAGAUAACUGUGAGGCCACGGCUAAUAGCCUAAGAGUGGUCAAGCUUUGCGGUAUGAUUGCUGUUACAAUGAUGCGGCACAGCCAGUACAACACACACAUCAAGGAUCAGAAAUUCAUGGAGACACUGUCGGAGGCUUCGAGAAUCAUGUGUAACCUUGAAAGCUGCAUGCUCUUUGCUGGGACUGAUGGUGGUGCCAAGAAGACUGCUAGGCCCCUCCUCUCAGAUCUUGUGAAAGAGGCAAACGCGUUAGUUGCUUAA